AUGGGUGACCCACCCGCCCUGCCGCUACUGGCUGGAACAGCAGAAGCAGAUCUCUAUGAGGUGUUAGAAAUACAGAAGAACGCUGAUAAAGACGAGAUACGGAAGGCAUACCGCAAAGCUGCACUGCGAAGUCAUCCCGACAAAGUGUCCGAGGAUGAACGACCCGCCGCCGAAAUCAAAUUCAAAGCCGUACAAGAGGCCUAUGAAAUCCUCUCAGAUGACAACUCGAGGCAUUUGUACGACACGCACGGUAUGUCUGCCUUUGAUAAGAGCCAAGGAUCUGGUGGUAUGGGCGAAGGAAUGGAUAUGAACGACCUUUUCAAUAUGUUUGCCUCAGGGGGUAUGGGUGGAAUGGGGGGUAUGCCUGGCUUUGAAGGUGGAUUUCCUGGAAUGGGCGGCAUGGGUCGACCACCGCCGAGGCCGAAGAAAGGCAAAAAUGCGGAGCAGAAUUACACCGUCACUCUUGAAGAGCUGUACAAAGGCAAGACGUCGAGGUUUAAGCUAGACAAGAAGAUUCCUUGCACGACGUGCAAUGGGAAGGGCGGAAAAGACAAAGCGAAGUCGCAUUCCUGUAGCGUAUGUGGUGGAAGAGGAGCCGUGAAGCGUUUGUUACAACAGGGCCAGUUUCUCACAGAACAAAUAUCCGAGUGUACGAACUGUUUGGGCCAGGGGCAGGUCUUCAAGGACAAGGAAAAAUGCAAGAAAUGUAAGGGUGCCGGAGUCAUCGAUUCCAAGAAUAUGGUCGAGCUUUACAUCCCGCCAGGCGCGCAGCAUGGGGAAAAGAUUAUUUCUGCCGGUGAAGCAGAUGCGUAUCCUGGGCAAGAACCUGGCGAUAUUGUCUGGACACUGGAGCAGGAACCCCACGAGGUCUUCGAGAGAGUUGGAAAUAAUUUGAGAGCCGAAUUGCAUAUCACGCUCGCAGAAGCAUUGACAGGAUUCGAUCGCGUCGUUCUGAAACAUCUUGAUGGCCGAGGGAUACAACUGCGUAUCACACAACCCAAGGGCAAAAUCUUGAGUCCGGGACAAUGGCUGAAAAUUGCUGGGGAAGGAAUGCCGAUAAAGCGAUCUGAUGCCAAAGGCGACCUUUUCUUAAAUGUCACUAUUGACUUCCCCAAAGAUGGAUGGAUCAAAGACGAGGCGUCUAUCAAACACCUUCGAGAUAUUCUUCCGAAACCCGCACAGCCUAUCAAAAUCGAUAAUGAAGUUGAUGAGAGAGACUUUGUUGGGGUGGAUCUCGAAGAAGUCGAAGAGCAGGCCGGUGGCGACUGGGAAGAUGACGAUGGUGAGGGAGACGAAGUCCCGGGCUGUGCACAGCAGUGAUAGAAUCUUUUCGCCUUGCAUUGUUACGGCGUCGUCGGUGUUUGGAUCCGUGUUGAGAGCAUAUGGGGUUGUUGGGGCGUAUUGUAUGCCAGCAUAGAUCGAACUGCAUGUCGCAGAGGCUUUACUGUUGUGUCGUAUAUUCGUGCUUUCGCAACUUAAUUGACGCUCCUACUCCCACUUUGAGUCCAAGUUCAUCUUUUCAGCUCUUUGCCCCAUUUCCGUCAUCCAUCGUUGGACAAGCAUCUGGUUCUCCUUCUUUAGAUCUUCGUUCUGUUUCUCAAGUACGUUUAGUUGCAACUGGAGCGCUACCAUUUCGUCCUGGGCCUCUGUAGCUAGCC